AACAGUCAGUGUGAACCAAAUUAUAUUUAUCUCGUAGUUAAUAUUAACCUAAUAUUAACUCUACGGUUUAUCUGCGUUUGUAAAGUAAAUAAAACACUAUUUUGAUUAAUAUGAUUCUAUCGUGAUUCGAAUAUAAAUAAUCCAACUGAAGUCUGACUAAAUGAUUUUUAUUUACAAAUUUAAUAACAGAUAGUAUAUUUUGUGAAAUCACGGCAAUUUAAAAAUUACAUAUAUUAUGUAUUUGCUAAGUGUAAAUAUAAGAAAACUAAUAAUUUUAGUGUUAGUUGUGUGUUUAUCUGGCCAAAUAACCCAUUCAAGUUUUAUUAAUGUUUAUCCAAAAAUUCCUACAGAAGAAAUCACCGAUGAUCCCGGGGUUCCCCUUAUAUUAACUCCUUUCAUUGAACAAAACAGGAUACAGGAUGCAUUAUUAGCUUCAACUGUAUAUUUUAAUGGUUUUAAGAAAACUAAGAGCUAUUCAGGCUAUUUAACAGUGGAUAAAACUUUUAACUCUAACCUAUUUUUUUGGUUUUUCCCAGCCUUAAAUGAUUACUCGAACGCUCCAGUUAUUUUGUGGCUUCAAGGAGGUCCAGGUGCUUCUUCCUUAAUUGGUCUAUUUGGAGAAAUAGGUCCAUUUAAAGUAAAACCUGAGAAGGGAUUAAAAAUUCGACCAUUUUCAUGGGUGGAAACACAUUCUGUUAUCUACAUAGAUAGCCCAGUAGGGACUGGCUACAGCUUCACAAAUGGUGGUUAUGCUCAAAACGAAACGAAAGUCGGAGAGGAUUUAUAUGUUGCUCUUAUACAAUUUUUCACUCUAUUUCCUGAGUUGCAGAAAAAUGAUUUCUAUGUAUCUGGAGAAUCUUACGGUGGGAAAUAUGCACCUGCCAUUGCUUAUACUAUCCACAAAAACAAUCCUCAAGCCAAACUGAAAAUCAAUUUGCGUGGUAUAACCAUAGGAAAUGGCUUUUGUGAUCCAGAGCAUCAGAUAAACUAUGGUGAUUAUUUAUAUCAAUUAGGAUUAAUUGAUUCCAAUUAUCAACAGAUUUUUCAGCAAAUUGAACAACAAGGUGUCAAAUACAUACAAAAUCAACAAUAUGAAAAAGCUGCUGAAUUAUUCAACAACUUAUUGGAUGGCAGUUUUAGCAAUAGUUCUUCACUCUUUACAAAUGCAACUGGAUUCCAGAAUUAUUUCAAUUUUUUAUACCCUACAGAUCCCAAUGGAUUAGAAAUACAAUAUGCAGGAAAAUAUGUACAAAGAAACGAUGUUAGAGCGGCGAUACAUGUAGGCGCAACACCAUUCGGUACUGUAGCUGAGACAGUAGAAAAAAAUUUACAAGGGGAUUUAAUGCAAAGCGUUAAAUCUUGGAUAUCUGAACUACUGAAUUAUUACAGGAUAAUAUUUUACAAUGGACAAUUAGAUAUAAUCGUUGCUUAUCCUUUAACAGUAAACUUCUUACAGAAUUUGGAAUUUAACAGUGCUGCGCAGUAUAAGACGGCUAAAAGGUACCCUUGGUAUGUUGGUACUGAUUUAGCAGGUUAUGUAAAACAAGCUGGAAAUUUGACUGAAAUAUUGGUGAGAAAUGCUGGUCACAUGGUACCAGCAGAUCAAACACAAUGGGCUUUUGAUCUUAUUAAUAGAUUUACAAAAAAUAAACCUUUUCAUAAUAAAACAAUGAAAUAAAAUAAAUAUUGUUGAAUCUCUUGAAAAUAUUUUUAUUGUAACAUAUAAAUAGUGAUUAUAUUACAAAAUAUAUUAAAAGAGUUGAUAAAUUCUC